ACGAUGUUGCCCUUCACGCCACCGAUCGUGAAGCGGUUGCUCGGCUGGCGGAAGGUUCCGGCAGACGAUGCUGCCGAAGGAAAAUGGGGCGAAAAGGCGGUCAAAAGUUUGGCCAAAAAGAUGAAGAAAACGGGCGCCCUAGAGGAGCUGGAACGGGCCCUUACGAUACAGAGCUGUCACACAAAAUGUAUACCGAUACCAAGAAAUGGUUCAGCGAAUGGAGAAAAUGGAGUUGCGCUAAAGAAAGGUAUUCCUCACGUAAUAUACUGUCGACUGUGGCGCUGGCCUGAUUUGAAGAGUCAGAUCGAGUUGAAAGCACUGGACGUAUGCGAGUACGCAUAUCAUCUAAAGAAAGACGAGGUGUGCAUUAAUCCAUAUCACUACACUCGUAUCGAAUCGCACUCGCAACACUCGCAGCAUCAGCACCAGCCGCAGCAACAUCAGCAACAGCAGCAGGCCCAGCAACCGCUGACCAUAUUGGUUCCGAAGAACCUAUCGAACCUUCAGGGAGAAAGCUCUGUUACCUACACAUUGGAUGAUCUAAGUAAUACCGUACCAGUCAACAUACAGUACAAUGCAUUAAAUGAUAACUAUGUAACCAGUCCUCAACCAUCGCAAGUAUCAGCCCGGCAGCUACACCAGCAACUGCAGCAGCAGCAACAGCACCAGCAGCAACUUCAACAGCGACAGCAUCAUCUUUCUUCACCGUGCUACAUGGAGGCAACACUGGGCCAACAGAUACCGACCAACACAACGAUUAUGGACUCGGUUAGCGUCAGUGUGGGCAACAUACCGAACACCGAGACGCCACCGCCCGGUUACAUGUCUGAGGACGGUGAUCCGCUCGAUCAGAAUGACAAUAUGACCGAAUUGUCUCGCAUGUCACCAUCGGAUAUGGACACACAGCCCGUAAUGUACCACGAACCGGCGUUCUGGUGCUCGAUCAGCUACUACGAGCUAAACCUGCGCGUCGGCGAAACGUUUCACGCCUCCCAACCUUCCAUCACGGUCGACGGGUUUACGGAUCCUUCCAAUUCGGAACGAUUUUGUCUUGGACUGUUGUCGAACGUGAACAGAAACGAGGUUGUGGAGCAAACGCGCCGUCACAUUGGCAAGGGCGUGCGGCUGUACUACAUCGGCGGGGAAGUGUUUGCUGAGUGUUUAAGCGAUUCCAGCAUCUUCGUACAGAGCCCGAACUGUAAUCAACGGUACGGGUGGCAUCCGGCAACGGUGUGCAAAAUACCACCAGGAUGCAAUUUAAAAAUCUUCAACAAUCAGGAAUUUGCAACGCUACUGUCAGAUUCCGUAUCGGCGGGAUUUGAAGCCGUCUAUCAGCUGACCCGGAUGUGUACAAUCCGUAUGUCAUUCGUGAAGGGAUGGGGCGCAGAAUAUCGUCGACAAACCGUUACCUCAACGCCGUGCUGGAUAGAGCUGCAUUUAAACGGUCCCCUGCAAUGGCUCGACCGCGUCCUCACCCAGAUGGGCUCACCACGUUUGCCAUGUAGUUCUAUGUCCUAA